AUGAGGAAGCUUCCUUCUCUUCUGGCUAGGACACUCAAUUCUGGGACCAGUGGCUCCUCAGUGCUUCCUGACAUGUCUGAAGUGCGGAGCAGAUUGAGGGAUAUAGUGGGAGCAUCUACCAACUGGAGGGAUCACGUGCAAGCAAUGCAAGAAAGAAAAGCUCUUCAUACUUUACUGGCAAAACGACAGGAAGAUCUCCCUCCUAAGAGGAUGAAAGAUAGCUACUUGGAAGUUAUUCUCCCUCUAGGAAGUCAACCUGAAAUAAGAGAAAAGUAUCUGAAUGUACACAACAGCGUAAGGUUUGGAAGGAUACUGGAAGAUCUUGACAGUUUAGGAGUUCUAAUUUGCUACACUCACACCAAGCAGGAAAUGCAGCCAAGAUCCCCCUUAUCAAUAGUUACUGCCCUGGUGGAUAAAAUCAAUUUGUGCAAGAAGAUCAUAUAUCCGGACUGUGACAUCAAAUUCACAGGCAAUGUCUCUUGGGUUGGAAGGACCUCAAUGGAAGUAAAGAUGCACAUGCUGCAGGUACAUGAUGGUGAUUACAGCCCUGUGUUAGAUGCAACCUUUGUCAUGGUGGCCCGGGACCCAGAAAAUAAACGGCCAGCAUUUGUUAAUCCACUCGUCCCUGAGACCCCUGAGGAAGAAGAAAUCUUCAAGCAAGGGGAAUUGAACAAGCUGAAGAGAAUUGAUUUCAGCACUGCCUCCUUACUGAAAAUGGCUCCCACUGCAGAAGAAAGAAACAUCGUUCAUGACAUAUUCCUUAAUACAUUGGACACAAGGAUGGUAAGUUUCCGGAGUCGCAAACUACCACCCAAUUCAGUGUGGAUGGAAGAUGCAAAGCUAAAAGGCCUACAGAUUUGCCAUCCUCAGGAACGGAACAUCUUCAAUAGGAUCUUUGGGGGGUUUCUCAUGAGAAAGGCGUUUGAACUGGGAUGGGCAACUGCUUGCAGCUAUGGGGGUUCCAGACCUUUUAUUGUAUCCGUUGAUGAUAUCAUGUUUCAGAGGCCAGUUGAGGUUGGAUCCUUAUUACUGCUUUCUGGACAGGUCUGUUACACGGAAAAAAACUACAUCCAGGUUCGGGUACACAGUGAGGUUUAUGAUCCAGAUACCAGGCAGCACCAGACAACCAAUAUCUUCCAUUUUACAUUUGUAUCAGAAAAUGAGGUCCCACGGGUUGUCCCCAAAACUUAUGGAGAGUCCAUGUUGUAUUUAGAUGGCAAGCGACACUUCGCUGCAACCAUGAAAGAAAUCUGACGCGAACUGAAUGCUGCAUCAGCAGUGUAGCAGCACGCUGUCUUGGAAAGAGUUGUCAUCAGAGAUGGCUAACAGACAGGUGCUUGCAAUACUGAAAAAACCCCAAACC